AUGGAAGGUUCUGUUCAAGCUCAUGAACCCGGAAAGUGGCUGGGACAAAAUUUCAUUAAAAGUGUUGAUGACGUGAUUGACUUCAAAAAGAUAAUAAAGAGCAUCUCCGCCUAUCCUGCGGGUCAACUUGUUCUUAAGACCACAAAUAUAAAGGUCAAAGAAGCAGAUAACACAACAAAGCUGGAUGAAGAAAAAAUAAACUAUGCUUUAAGAAGUGAAGUCUCAAAUAUGAGAGAAAUGCUUUCUGAAAUUCGAAUGCAAGAGGCUGUUGGUCAUGCUUAUUUCUGA